AAGCUUACCUAUUUCAAUGUCAGUAUGAGGGGCGAACCCGCUCGCCUUGCAUUGACUAUUGGAGGUAUCCCUUUUGAAGACGAGCGAAUCAAUGGCGAAUCUUGGCCUGCACUCAAGUCUACAACUCCCUUUGGCCAGCUUCCCUUUUUGACUGUCAACGGAACUACUCGCGUUGCUCAAUCUGGUGGUAUUCUUCGUUAUGCUGGUGCUCUGGCUAACCUAUACCCAUGCACUGAUCCUCUUAAGGCUGCUUUGGUAGAUCAGGUUGUUUUCCAUGUUGAUGACAUUUCUAAUGCUGUCUAUUGUACAAUCCAUGAGUCUGAUGCAGCCAAGAAAUCUCUUGCUCGCAAGACCCUGGCCGAGUCCAAAUGGCCUCAAAUGUUUGCUUCGCUUGAGCGAGUUAUUACCCAGCACAGCGGUGGUAAAUGGGCCGUUGGAGACUCCAUGACUGUGGCUGAUAUCCAGAUUUAUGUUAUUGUAUCAUUGAUCAGCUCUGGUCUUUGGGAUGGCAUUCCUACUGAUCUGACUGAAAAGUAUUCCAAAGUGCAUGCCAUCUACAAGGCCGUACAGAGUCACCCCAAAGUUGUUGAAUGG